AUGGAGCUGUUUGAAGCUCUCUUCAACGAUAGGAUUCGCUUCAGUCGCAAGGAGUGGAGCAUCCUAGUUGAAAACAAAUUAGAUGGAUCCACUUGUGAGGGUCGAAUGAUGCGCUGUCUGGCCCAGGUCCCUGACCUCAUGCAGCGCGGAAGGAUUGCACUGAGAACGAAAAGCAGUGUCCAGAUGCUCAUAGCCGAGGCAAGGCAUCAGUAUCACAUAUUGAAAGCAAUCUUGAUCGAACUGCACGACCGCCUUAAUGCUGUUCAGCAGCCUUCAACCGAUGGUUGCCCGCAAGCUGCAGCUCGGUCAAUGAGACUUCACGCUCACUAUCAACGCACGUAUGGUCUGGCGCUUGCCAUUUGCAUGUACUUCAACUGCAUCCUCAAUGCUCUCGAUCCCAGCGAUACAGUGUUGGAGAUGGAAUCGACACAUUUCUGCAGAGACAGCCUUAAACUCGCCGACCAAGCCUCGAGGUACAGACCCCUAGGUGCCAGCUUUGUCAUGCUAUGUCUUGUAGGGGCAUGGUGUGGUAGCAGAGAUGAAGCAACAAGGGCGACGGUUGAAAGCACAUUGGUUGAUUACGGAAUGGACUACCCAGGGGCAUAUACCGGGAUACUAAAGGUCGAACUUGAAUACACUUCCCACCGACUGAAACUUCUCGAAACCUAA